GAGAAAGUGAAGAGGGGAAGCUGGAGCUGCAGAGGGCUGGAGCUGCGGAAAGGAGCGGAGCGGACACAGGCUGCAGCGGAUGCCGGGAACCUGCAGCCAGAGUGCGGGCGGGAUGAGAGGCAGGAGUCGGGGGUCCUCCGGUUGACUGACCAGGGAGGUUUAUAUUUGCACGAGUCGUGGUUUGAGAGAAUAGACUGGAGUCCGGUGCGCGCCCACACACACGCACACACACACACACACACACAUCCACUGACACGUCUUAAGAACAGCGGGAGAUGCAUUACGUCAUAGCCUCCCGUCGCCCUAGAUGACCGCGCGCGCAGGACGGGAUGAUGCAGGGCUGCUGGACUAGAACGGGAACGGAUUCCGCUGCUGCUCGUGAGCGCCCGGUGGCGGUGUCUCGACCGGACGAGGAAGAAGGGGAGCCGCCGUCUCGCGGCCGCUGGCUCUGAUGGCUCCUCGCGCCCCGGGCGGGAAAGAGACACAGCAGUCGCCGCGGCGCGAGAGGGAAGGGGACAGCAGGUAUCUGGGAAGUGACGUGGUAUCCGCGCCCCGCGAGAAAGCACAACGGUGCGGUUGUCGUGCAUAUCACAGGAGGGCAGGAGCGGGAAGGGGAACAUGGCCGCGCAGUCGGACGGCGGCAAAGCCGGGGUCGGGUGCGGCGGCGGCGGUUUCGCCCAGCUGUACGAUGUUGACGCUGAGGAGCCGCUGGACUCUGCCGCGAUCCACAUCUGUCAGUGCUGCCGCUCCUCCGCGUGCUACUGGGGCUGCCGCUCCGCUUGCCUCGGCUCUGUGCUUGGUGGGGGCCAGCCUGCCGGAGGGGUCGGCAUCCGGGAGACUCACUGCCCGCCCCGGGAGCAGCUGUGGCUGGACUGCCUCUGGAUCAUCCUCGCCCUCCUCGUCUUCUUCUGGGACGUUGGCACGGACCUGUGCCUGGCGAUGGACUACUACCAGAGGCAGGACUACCUCUGGUUCGGCCUCACUCUCUUCUUCGUGCUGGUGCCGUCCGUGCUGGUCCAGAUUCUGAGUUUUCGCUGGUUCGUGCAGGACUACACCGGCGGGGGGCUCGGGGAGGUGGAGGGGCUGACCAAGCGGGGCGCGGUGGCUCUGGGGUGCCUGUACCCCGGCAGGGACCGCCUGCAGCUGGCCACCAUCUGGCUGUGGCAGGCCACCAUACACAUCCUCCAGCUGGGACAAGUGUGGAGGUACAUCAGGACGCUGUACCUAGGAGUUAUGUCGCGCCGACAGAAGGAACACCAACGGCGCUGGUACUGGGCCAUGAUGUUCGAGUAUGCAGAUGUCAACAUGCUGCGGCUGCUGGAGACUUUCCUGGAGUCUGCGCCUCAGCUGGUACUGCAGCUCUGCAUCAUGAUCCAGGAGAACCGAGCCGAGACGCUGCAGUGCAUCUCCUCCCUUGGCUCCCUCCUGUCUCUCGCCUGGGUUCUGGCCUCCUACCACAAACUCCUGCGAGAUUCUCGUGACGACCAGCGCAACAUGAGCUACCGCGGGGCGCUUCUGCACCUCUUCUGGCGCCUCUUCACCAUCUCGUCCCGUGUCCUCUCGCUCGCCCUCUUCGCCUCCCUCUUUCACAUCUACUUUGGCAUCUUUGUGGUGGUCCACUGGUGCGCCAUGGCCUUCUGGGUGGUGCAUGGAGGCACUGACUUCUGUAUGUCCAAGUGGGAGGAGGUGCUCUUCAACAUGGUGGUCGGCAUCGUCUACAUCUUCUGCUGGUUUAAUGUGAAAGAGGGCCGGACGCGGCACAGAAUGGUGGCGUACUACACCGUGGUGUUGGCCGAGAACAGCAUCCUCACUGGGCUGUGGUACGCCUACAGAGACCCAGUGUUGACGGACGCCUACGCUAUCCCAGCACUGUGCAGUGUCUACCUGACAUUCGCUGGCGGCGUCCUGGUCAUGCUGCUGUACUACGGCUUCCUGCACCCUGCCACCGCCCACCUCCAGCCAAGCCCCGCCUCGUCCUGCUGCGCCCAGCUGCUUUGGGGUCUGCCCCUCCCCCCGUCAGCCCCGCCCAGUGCCCCACCCACUCCAGCCCACAUGGCCAAGUCACAGACGGAAGAGGAUGUGGCUGAGUCGUGUCUUCCCGUCUUCCAGGUGAGGUCGGCGCCCAUCACCACCAAGCCCGAAGGCCCGCUAAUAAAGAUCGACAUGCCCAGGAAGCGUUACCCAGCAUGGGACGCCCACUACGUAGACAGGCGCCUGCGGAGGACUAUAAACAUUCUGCAGUACAUAACGCCAGCUGCUGUGGGCAUCCGCUACCGUGAUGGACCCCUACUGUAUGAACUGUUGCAGUAUGAGUCCUCACUCUGACACACAGACACACACAUCAACACACACAUCGGUACACGUGAGCGCCAGAAAAAGACAUGUAUGUAUACAAGGAUGUUCAGAGUUAGAGAAGAUUUAGAAACACAUUCUCACAUGCACAACAUCGCACUUGAUGAUAGCACACAGACACAAAAGCAUCUUGUCACACACACACACACACACACACACACUCACAAACACACACACGUUCCUUGCGGGAACCUUUGACCCGUAAGUCCCAUGGCCAUGACUCAACAAGCUGCUUCAGCGCGAGUCCAUCUCUUUCUCUCUUUAUCCUUCUGUCUCUCUAUUUCCAACUCCUCUGUUCACUCUUCGUCUGUUCUCAUGAUUUAAUAUCACACGUUCGCUCUCCGCUGUGAAGAAAAAACAAACAAACAAAAAUAAUCUGAAAAAUGAGCGCAGCUUCACACCGGAGUCUUUGACCACCGCAUGCCAUUUUGUUGCGUCGCUCACACUUUCACGGGUUUCGGUAGAAUAAGAAGACGUGACACAAAGAAAGAACAAACGUCACUUUAAAUAAAAGGAGUUGUGAACAUGUUGUCGUUAGUCUAGUCAAAAGGUAGUGUAUAUAUUUUCUAUGUACAGCGGGGAUGUUUUUUUAUAUGCUGUCACAUUGUUGUCGACUGGGGACAAAACAGUUGGACACAGAGGAUUUUGAGGGUUGGUUGAUGGAGUAGAGUUGCAGAGCAUGAUGGGAAAGAUGGAGACAGAGAGAGUAUUGGCAUCUAAGGCGCAAAAUUUCACUCACAGUUUGUGCUACAGGAAUAGUUUAACAUUUUGGGAAAUACAACUAUUGCCAGAGUUUGACAAGAAGAUUUUUCUCUCUCAUGUUUGUACACUAAAACAAGGAGUUGAUUAGCUUAGCUUAGCUUAGCUUAGCAUGAAAACUGAAAGUUGUAGGAAACAGCUAGCUUAGCUCUGUUUAAAGUUAGAGAAAGGAGGGAUGAAGGGCAUUUAAUCACUCUAACGUAUUUCCCAAAAUGUCAAACUAUUCCUUUAAGAAUGCAAAGACUUAAACAUACAUUAGCCUAGGCUACAGUUGCUAACAUUAGCUCUAAAAAUAAGACUAUGACAAGUUGUAGUGGCUCAAAUUAAGACCAAGUAACUCUAAAAUAUUUCGGGAUGUCCUGAUCAAGAUUUUUUAACCCUGAUCCCGAUCUGAGUCAUUAAUAUUGAAAAUCUGCCGAUACCAUGUCCCGAUCCGAUACUUUUAUUUUUCCAGAUAAUACAGCAGCACAGUGCGCACUUACGUGAAAUAAAGGAUCGGAUCGGGCUUUAUAAGCUCAAUAUAGCUGAUCUCGAUCAGUUAAAAAAUACCUUGAUCGGCCCCAAUACUGAUCUUUGAGACUGGCUCAGGACAUCCCUAAAAAUAAUGCUUUGUUAUUGCUCCUGAAUGGAUGCCACCUUCAAACUAUGUGGAACUAAAAAAUGACAGUUCCAAAAUGACUGUUAAUUGGAAGAAUUAGAGUCUGAAAAAUGUUUCAAAGCAAAACCAGCUACAUCAGCUAUACUGGCCUAGAUAACAGAGAUAUUAGCUAAGAUACAGUUCUACAGGCCAUCUACUAAAACAAUAAUCUUUUUAAUUGCCAAGAAGCCUAACUCAACACCUUGUCUGCUAAGUAUUAGCACGGAGCCAACACAUUACAUACUAAGGUAUUAGCACGGAGCCAACACCUUGUAUGCUAAGGUUUUAGCACGGAGCUAACACACUGUAUGCUGAGGACAUUAGCAUGAAGCUGACACCUUGAAUGCUAAGGUGUUAGCACGGAGCUAACACCUUGUAUGCUAAGGUGUUAGCAUGGCGCUAAAGCUAAAGAUCUACUAAGAACAGAUGGCUGCUUUUAAUGCUACAGUUGUUAUUGCUAAACGUGUACACUAGUCAAUGUGCCAAUCUAUUUCCAUCGCCAAUAAGGUCACAUUUUAAAGUCAAACAGAGACGAAUCAAAAACACAGUGGCACCAUUAUCUUCCAGAUAAACAAAUAAAGUUGCCAGUAUUACUGAUGUACUGUUAUAUCAUAGAGUAAAUAUGAUUAAUACAGGAAGGCAGUACAUGCUUAUCACACUGUUUGGUAUGUGUGUAUGCCGUCUAGGGGUCAAACAGUUCAUCUCCAUCAUUUCCUGUUAUGCUUCGAGGGGUCAUGGGAGGUUUCUUUCGGCAUAGAUUCCGUCCACAGAAAAUGCUCAGUCGUGUCUGUUUGCUAGACAAUGACGAAAUGAGAAAUCGUCUCCAACAGGAAGAGCAAAUGCAAGACUAAUUAUUUUUGAGCUAUGUCUACUACAUAUUUCUGCGUGUGAUGUCUUAAUCAUGUUGGUCCCACGCUAACAGGGUGCUGCCACUGAAACUGACAUAAAACAGUUUUGGACUUUAAUCGUCACAACCCCUCUCAGUGACUUGUCUCCUCCUGUAACGAGUCCAGCAUCAACUCCUCCAAAGCCACCCACGGCUGAGCUGUGAUGUAUGGCUCAUUAUUUAUUUUUUUGUUUGUUUAUCCCUGUAAUCCAAGCUGUUACAUUGGCAGGCGACAACAAAUGAGCCGAGAUAUCAGUCAUCAGCCCGUCGACAGGAACGUUGCUCCUGAAAUCACAUGCCGUCAGGGGGGGCCGCCUUAACACUGCAUGGCAAUGAGUGGAAACAAGUGUUUGGAAUGGGGUGAAAGUGUUUUUGCCGGCCAACACUCCACACUUUUUCUCCCGUCCCACGUUAUUGGUAGAGCAGGUGAAACCCAGCCAUCAGCCAUUUCAGAUGGUGCGGUUAGAAACUAUGAACAAAAACACACACAAGCUUCUUAUUAUAGCUGCCAUCCAAGAGGAUUGCGCAGGUGAAAGGGAAAAAUGUUGCAUUUGAGAGUGUAAAGAGUGUUAUAAAGGGGUACUUCAACAUUUCUCUUGUCCAGGUGUGUCAAAUUGUUGGAAUUGAACCAAUGUUAAAAGCAAGCUAGUUUUCAAUCAGUAAAAUUGACCACCAAAUGUAAUUAAAUCUCAGUGAUGAAGCAAAAACUUGAGUAGUUCAUUGACAAGAAUAAUCUGACAACGAUUCUAUAUGAGCUUAAAGGGCACUCGGAGAGGGCAAACCUCCACCAAGGCCAAAUAUUCUAAGUCGCAAUGUUAACAAAAGUGAUUUGUAUCUGCUCCAAUAUGUUAUGGGUUCUUCUUUGGCCCAUUCUACACCCUUCGACCCUUCCUGAAAAUCGGGCUAGUAGGUUUUCUGUAAUCCUGCUGACAAACAAACAAACCAAACUGAAAACCUUCGGUCCUUGGUGGAGGUAAUGAAUAUUCUAUUGGACCUAAACGAAGACAAAGCAGGCAGAAAGGAUCAAGCCAGUAUUCAUUCAUUCAGUAUUCACUCUUAUGACAUUGUCUGACUCAAAGUCGACAGUUAAAAAAUAUUAAAACCUGGCACCUGCAUUACCCACAAUGCAACUUGACCACUGACAGUUCAGUUGGAGAAUUGAGUGUGUUUUACUUGUACAGCUACUAGGAGCAGGGUACAAAGAGGGAAUCCAGACCUGCAGAUCUUUGUAGUAUUCAAACUUGUAGUUUCAAGUCCCAACUGACGCUGACUCAAGUGACAUCAAUUUAGGUAAUUAGUCAUACUCCCCAAGAGCUGUUAACAAACUUUAAUAUAUAAAAUCUGUGGAGUUCCCAUUUAAAUCAAAGCAAAGUCCAGUGUCCUAUUCUUUUGAAGGUCCAGUGUGUAGGAUUUAAGGGCAAUUAUUGGCAGAAAUUGUGUAUAACUCUUAAACCAAUG